GCGACAGGGUACCAGCAGUAAACAUGGCGGAGGAACUGCUGGAAACAGUGGACAGACUUCAGGCCCGGCUCCUGGAGAACCCGGAGCCUCGAAAGCUACUAAAGACCUUGAAAAGACUCGGAGAACUUCCCAUGACUGUGGACAUACUGGUGGAAACUGGAGUGGGGAAGACUGUGAACUCUUUCAGGAAACAUGAAAUGGCUGGAGAGGUGGCGAAAAGCCUCGUAGCCAAAUGGAAGAAACUGGUUCCUCAAUCUGCGGACAGGCCCAACAGCCACGCCAAAGAGGCCUCUCGGUCGCACACACACUCUCGCGGCCCAGAGGCAGGAGGUGGAGGAGGCCACAGACACGCCCGGGAGCCCUCCCCUGAGGAAGAGCCCUCCUGCAUGGAAGAGGAAGAGGAGGAAGAGGAGAGAGGCUACCACACCAACUACUCGCCUUCGCCUCCACAACACGAGCAGUACAGCCCCCCACAGGGAGGAGGCUACCGGAUAGACGAGUAUGAGAGCCCUGAGCCUGAACCUGAGCCCAGUCCUCCUCCUCCUCCCCCUCGCAAAGAAGUCCGCCACGCCAAACCAAGCAGAGAGCCCAGCAAGAACCACCACAGUGACCGACACAGGGACCGGGACGAGGAACGACGGCAACGCCACGCACAGACGAGUAGUGAUCGAGGAGGGGGAGGAGGAGGAGGAGGAGGAAGAGAAGGCAAUGAAGGAAAGAAGCGUGGUGCAGACAGAGAGAGGCAGCAGAGUCCAGUACUGAAACCUGCCAAACACAGCAGGAAGUCCACCACACAUGAGAGCAAGAGGGAAGAGAAGAAGAAAGGAGGAGAUGAUGGGCGAUCACGAGCACCAAAGGACUCUCCAUCCAAGGAGGAUGAAGAGGACUUUGAGACUCCCACCAUGUCCUUCGAGUCCUUCCUCACAUACGAUGCCCCAACGUCUGUGAAGAAGAAGAAGAAGCCAUCGUCGUCGUCACACAGUCGGCCGUCUCACUCCUCCUCCUCCACGUCGUCUUCCCAUCAUACACGCACCCCUCCGCUGCCUGCGACCCCCUCCUCCUCCUCCUCCUCUUCCUCCAAAGUGAGCAAGGCGAACGGCACUCAGAGUACCAAGAGGCCACAUUCAAGCUCCAGUUCAUCAGCUGCUGCGCCGGAAAAACGCAAAAGGGUGGUUGAGGCCGUUCCAACUCUUCCUGAAAUCCCUCUGCCAGCAAUUCAACCCAAUUACAGACCUCUGCCCUCCAUCGACGUCACGCCUCUGUCCCCGCAGAGACGUAAAGUUCCCGUCUACAACGAUGAGGAGGACGCCGGGUUCACAGGGAAGCGGUUCAACUCCAAGAUGGUGGUCUACUCAGGAUCGAAGACCUCUUACUUGCCCAAGAUGAUGACUCUGUACGAGCAGUGCAUCCGUGUGCUGCAGAACAACAUUGACUCCAUCGCUGAGGUGGGAGGAGUGCCAUUUGACAUCCUGGAACCGGUUCUGGAGCGAUGUACGCCAGAGCAGCUGUACCGUAUCGAGCAGAGCAACCAGUGUUUUACGGAGGAUUCUGAUGAGCUGUGGAUGCGUCACUGUAACCGGGACUUCAAGCGUGAGUCUCCUCAGGAGUACGAGUCGUGGAGGGAAAUGUACCUGAGGCUGCACGACGAGCGCGAGGAGCGGCUGAGGAUGCUCACCCAGAACAUCACCUCUGCACACGCCAACAAACCCAAAGGGCGGCAGGUUAAGAUGGCGUAUGUAAACUCUGUCGCCAAGCCGCCACGUGACGUUCGCCGCCGACAGGAGAAGUUCGGUACCACCAGUGGUUCGUCCACAGCCGCCUCCAGUGCAGCUGCAGCUCCCAUUAAAAUAAGGCCAGCUUCCAUGGACUACUCUGGGGAAUCCAGUCGCUCCUCUUCCUCCCAGCACAACCCUCUUGCCAGCUCGUCCCGCUCCUCAGCACCGAGUGGAGGAGGAGGAGGAGGAGGAGGAGGAGGACACGCUGCCCGGGACAAGCCACAGGUCAAAAAAAUCGCCCCCAUGAUGGCCAAAACUAUCAAAGCGUUCAAGAACAGAUUCUCCCGCCGAUAGUGUGAAAGAGACUGAAUGUAUUUUAUGAAUUCCAACUGUUUUUAAUUUAAGUUUAGCAAAAUUUUACUGGAGGCCCCUUCAUCUCUGCACACACACA